CUCGGGUUUCACUACACAUUUGAACAUCAUCUACAUGCAUGCAAACAUGCACAGAGAUCUAAGUUCUCUUUUUAAAGACAAAAGGCUGGAUUUCAUGUGCUGGAGUUAAGAUACCUUUAACCUUUGCUCCAUAUGAGGAAGAAAAUCAUCAGCACAACUUGUGUCCUCUGGGGUCUUUUUUCAAGUUUCCAUCUCUGUUCUGGGAAAUUUGGAACGCCAAUCACUGAUGAUGUGAACAAGCUGUCCGUGUUGAAGCAGAAUAUCCCCUCUGAUUAUGAGAUUCCUGUUAGUUAUAUUCCCAAAGAGGUGGCCGGCACGUGCUGGGUGGUUCUAAAUAUCUAUCCUUUGGAGCAAAGUCUUCGAAAGCUGGCCAGUAUGUUUGGUUCCAUGUCUUCCAACAAAGAUAACAUAAUUGUCUUCAUUGCAAUGCUGAAGAGUUUACGCUUCACCUUUGAACACGAAGAGCUGGAAACAGCAAUGCAAGUCUUCCAGUGUCACUACCAAGAAAAGAGCUUACUUUCUGGACUUUACUUUGACUACAUCCAAGACCUCUUACAUGUUGCAACGCAUGGAACAUCAACCUUAUCAUGCAAGCCACCACCUUGCCUUAAUCAUCAACAAACACCAGAAGGUCAGGAGAAGAGUCGUAAACACAGCUGGUUAAAGAGAAGCCCCUUGCUUUUGGUGAUAAUACCGUUCAUAGCCUGUGUUGUGCUGAUAGUUUGGCAGGUGAAGUCUAGGAGAAGGCUGCUGGCGUGCAGCACUUCAAACGGCCAAACCGCAUCUCCUGAUAUGAUCCCAACUGUGUCUGUCUCCAUCCCACUUCAAACAGUCACCCACGCCGCUGACAGCCAGCCAACGGGGGAGGCAGUUUCUGAACAUGAGAGUGGAUGAAGCGUGAUAAAGCGUGGAAAAAUCAGUGUGGUCUGUCACUUUUUCUGCUCAAGCACCAGAGAAACUGGAUGAGAGAGAGCUGAUGUAAAGGAAAGGCGUGUUGGCAAAGUUCCCCCCCUGCUUUUGGGUCCAGACAGGACUCAAGAGCAGCUCCGAAACUGGAUGCUGAAGUAAAAACACGAAGGUGUCUUGACUGGUGAACAGCAGCUCUUAGCCGGUUGGUUUGGAGAAGUUAAAAGCCACUUUAAUGUUUCUCAGGGUGGUGUUGGGUCUCAUUUUGGAGCUUAUCAGCAGGCUUCACAUCAGCACAAUGCCACACAAGUCAGACACUGUUAUUUUAAACUGGAAGAGUCAUGAUGUUGAAGUGAUUAUGUUUUCAUAUCUCUAUAGCUGCACAUGAAGUCCAAAUAGCUCAUAUGCCGACAUCUUUGGAAAGUGUUCUGUAAAAAGUAAUAACAACAAGAAAAAUGGGGGCUGGUACAACUUAUCUUGUACUUGUUGUUGACAUUGUGGAGAUCUGUUAUCCAUCAGGAAUUAUGGACCUACUGGUCACAAACAACACUCUAAUUGGUUCAACAAAUCCCUGACUUUCUGAAUCAAAGAUCUGAGCAGCUGGCAGAUAGCCAUGGCCAGAGGCCCUUUGAAUUUGGUCAUUGUGCUUCGAAGCUGUUGAACAGUGAACUAUUGCCGCUCCUCAGCCGCUGCAAGUGUGUUGGGAGGUUUUUAAUGCCUCAGUUAAGAAGUCAAUCAGUUUCAGUCAUGAGAGCAUGACUCUUAGAGUGUGAGUGCUCUUGUACUUUAUGUGUCAGAGUCCGGGAGCGAGAGACAGGACAGGCACAGCAAGGCAAAGUGAGGGAGAUAGAGGCAGACAAAUAGAUGAACGGAUGAGCUCAGUGAGGAGCAUAAGGAGGGAUUGUUCUCAUCACAAAAGAGCAGGCCGUAGGCUGGAGGAAGUGCCAGUUACAAACAUGACCAAUGUCGACAGAUCUCUAUGAAUCAACAGGCAAAGAAUCUCUGCAGACCGCAGGCUAUAUAGCCCAAUCUCCAGGGACUGGUUGGUAUUUCAAUAAAAAUACACGGGAUUUAUUUCCAUAACAGUCCAGUAACAUGUAGUUUGUUAUAUAGUGCAAUGUUUUGGAUAAGGUUAAAAACCUAGAAAGCCUUUUACUAUCUUCAAAGAUAUUCAAAAGUUUUGAUUUUGUAACUCUUUGUGUAUUUGUGUGUGUGAUGUUUAAGAUAUUUUGUUACACUUUUGAAUGUCUUCAAAAAACAUUUAAUGUUUCCAACAGUUUCAGCGACAGACUUAAUUAAAAUCCAAAUGUUGUAGAGUCAUGGUUUUCAUAUUGCAGUUCAUGUAACACUGGUGUGACUUUGGCUUUCUUUUGGCUACAGAAAAUAAUCUGUUUUUUAAUUUUUUUUUAUUAUUGAUUCAAGUUGAAUGUGAAGUACUAGUACUUGUCCACUAGGUGGCAAUGUUACAUUUAAUUAAAUCUAAGUUGAUAAGGGAAAAUCCAGAUCAAGGUUUGAAUUUCAGGGAUAAGAAGGCAAGCCCAAGGUCAGGAUCAAAUAUGGUCGAAAUGUUAAAUAAAAUAUCACUGGCUCUUCCUUCAGUGUUUUCCUCUAACCCAGAAUCAUGUAUCACCCAGCCCGUGUUAGUUGACAUUUUCAAAAAGUAUUUGAAUGCUUAAAUUGCAGUUAAACAUAAUUAGAAUAAACAGAAUGCAAUCUGAUUACCUUUUCCUUCUGAGACAAAUGUAAUCCAAAGCAACACUGGGAUAAAAAAUUCUCCUAAAACAGAUUUUAAUUGUAGGUAAACGAAAACACAAUGAAGUUAAAGCAGGACAGAUUUUAAAUAAAUGUAUUUUAAGCUAAAAGCCAAACUGAGCCUGUGCCAAAGGAGCAAGAUGACUGCUUCAUUACGUUGAUAUUUUAUACCUUCUAUUUUUAGGUAUAGAAUAGUUAUAUUUUGCACCAUGCAUCACCCAUUUUUAAUUUGAUCCCAAUAAUUUAUCUAUAUUUAUAAUACUCCAUGGUGAAGUGGUUUGUGCUUCACUGCAAUGCAGAUGACCAGAGUUCAAAUCCUGGGAGCCCCACAAAGGGCAUCCAGUGUAAAAAGUUUGCCAAAUCUAAAUGACUUGCUGAGAUGACACAAAAAAUGUAAUAGUAAUCCACUUUGGUAACAACUGUACUAUGGUUUGAGUAAAUUGCAUUUUGCAAUACAGCAUCAGACAGAGCUAAUUUGGUUUAAUUUACAGCCUAUCAUGUUUUAUUAGUGUACUGGCAGCAAAACAACAUUUUCAGGGAAUGAUAUUUAUAGAUUUAAAUUUUCAUGUGACAUUUCAUUAUUUUACGACCAAUUAUAGCCACAAUUAAAUAAAUACUUCACUACCACAGAAUAAAAUCAUAGGUCAGGAUUUAGUACAUGGAAAAGAAAAAGUUUUAUUUUACGGUUAUGAAAGUUAAGUAGAAAUUAGCAUUUUGGCAAUGUGAAAAUAUAACAUUUGACUAAGAAUUUUGACAUGGGCCUAGUGCCUAGUUCAACACACUUCAAAUAUAAACCAAAAACUUGAAACAUGUAUUUUGAUUUUCAAAUGAUAAAGCAUUUUUUUAUGUUUGUUUUUGUCGUCACCAAAAGGGAAACUAGAAAACAAAUCAAAUGCCAUCUAAACGUAGUAAGUUCUAUGCGUUAAAAAUAUAAGCUGUUUAAAUAUGUAUUUAUCUUUGAAUGCUCCAAAGGAUUGUAACUCCCAGGAUAAAUUAAAACCAGGAACAAAAACGAGAGGCUAUUUAUGCAGAAAAGACCCAGUGUUGAAAAACUGAAAGUAACACCUAAUCAGUUUGUUUCAUGACAAAACAAACUUUUGUUAGAAUUAUAAGCUUUACUGAUCAAUUUAUCAGAAUAUUUGUACUCUUACAAACUGUUGUAAAUGUAUUCACAAAAGGAGUUUGCAUGGUACAUUGGUAAAAAAAACUUUCCAACUUGAAUUCUGACUUCAGAGGGCCUUUUAAGUUAUGGAACCUAAAACUUGAAAAUAUUAUCAUAUGAUUAAAAGAUUAACUUCAUUUUAUGUUAUGGGAUAAUGGGUGGAAAUAGAUAAAAAUAUUCUUUCUUUUUCUAAAUCCCAUCUUGGCGGCAUUUUUUUCUUAUUGGGAAAUAUUUGUAAAAUAAUUAAUGGAGAAAUACAACAA